AUGAAAAUCCAUUAUACUAAUAUAUUAUUGUUUCCUCUAAAAUUAAAUAUAUUGGUAAAUACCCACAAAAAACCACACACCACAGCACGUCAUACACAAAAAAUACCAACCACAAGGUCAUUAAGCGAAUGUGAAUUGUAUGCACCUGUCAACUAUUAUAGUGACCCACAAAUGAAAGAAGUGAUGGAUAAUUUCAAUAAACAGACACAACAAAGAUUUCAUGAAUAUGACGAAAGGAUGAAAACUACACGCCAAAAAUGUAAAGAUCGAUGUGAUAAAGAAAUCCAAAAAAUUAUUUUAAAAGAUAAAUUAGAAAAGGAAUUAACCGAAAAGUUCGCGACAUUACAAACUGAUAUACAAAGUGACGCCAUUCCAACAUGUAUUUGUGAAAAGUCGUUAGCAGAUAAAGUGGAAAAAGGAUGCUUGAGAUGUGCACAAAAUUUGGGAGGGGUUGCACCCGGUUGGGGUCUGCUCAGUGGUUUUGACUAUGUGACAUGGUCACAAUAUAUUUCCGGAAUUGCUGCAAAAGCUGCUGCAGAUGCAGGUCUUAAGGCAGGUGUAAAAGUAGGUUUGGUUAACGUUGUCAAAAUAGUAAGAAAUACAUUAGGUAGUGCAGGUGAGGUACCUCCAAUGGAUUGGGAAAAACUUAUUAUUUUUGGUAACUUUUCUGAUGGAGUAACACUUCAUGCUAUAUUUAAAAACUUAGAUAAUAUGAUGAAUGGUUAUUUAGAUUCUAGAAAGUAUUCUCAAUUUUCUAUGGUGGUACAAAAAUUUGCUGGAAAUUUUAAGCCAAUUACUGCAAAAUAUUCUAAAGAAGUAGCAGAAGUCACGAAAGCGGUUGCUGAUGCUAAAACCGGUGUAUUGACAAAAGCAGGCAAUGCAACUAGUAGUUUAUCUACUGGAAUAACUGCUUCCAUUAUUGCAAUUGUAGUAAUUGUUUUAAUUAUGGUAAUUAUUUAUUUAGUUUUACGUUAUCGACGAAAAAAAAAAAUGAAGAAAAAACUCCAAUACAUCAAAUUAUUAGAAGAAUAG